AAAUAACUCUUGCCCAUUCUACCUGAUCACACUCUGAAGCUGCAGCUUUUCCUGGAUUCGCUUCUCAAUGACAAGCUGUUCAAACAGAGAACACCUAUCAAAACGAAUAUCAUCAUCUGCUCCUUUCUUUCUUCCUUUCAGGAUAUACUGCUGUCCAGCAGGGGAAGUAAUUAAUCAGUUUUUUAUGUAUGGAAGCGUCAUCCCAUCAGUUUGCUGUCUGGUUUGAAUAGCUCCUAUCAGCUCUUCAUUCAUGCCAAGUACGCUCACCGUCCAGAGACAUGAUAAAGCCGUACUUCCUUUUGGAUUUUUACCUCACUAUUCAAAAAACAGUGUACCAGGAGCAUGGGUUACAAAAGCAUGAGGAGGACAGAAGAAAUGCCUUCAUCCUCUACAGAAAGGAAGCUGAUGGACUGAAAAGUUGGUAUGGAGAAAGGAAAGCAAGAGAGUACAAGAACAUCCAUGCUUCUAGUCCAGAUAAUGUUUUUUAAAGCAGCUUGAUUUGGAAGCGUGUGUAAUUCUGAAAUACGAACAAGCAGAACUUUUCCAGGGGGUAAAAUGCAUAUAGGAACAAUCAGGAUUUCUCAUUGCUGAAGCAUUCAAUGAAUCUUUAAUAAGUUCUGAACACUCAAAUUGUUUGUGGUCAGAUCAACUGCUGUUAUCAGAUAAAGGCAAAACUCACCCUUCUGGUUCUAUAAUCCUAGCCCAAUGGAGUCUUCAUCUACCGCACACUAUCCUAACUAAUGCUACAGGAUUAUCAGGAAUACAGAUAUAAAGACACUGCAAGAAAUAAAACACUGGCAAAAUAAAACAUGAAAGGAAAGUAGAGAAGGCAUUUCGGGUCUCGAAGCUUACUAUUUCCAGCCAGAGUUCAAAUUACUGAGCUUCAAACAAACCACUGCCAGGAACUUAGGAAAUCAUUCUCAGCCUUGCAACUUAAAAUAUGGUAGGUGGAUCAGUAGCAUCCAGAAUACUCAGGAGCUUUUCAGAAAUGUGCAAUUUCUGAAAAAGAUGGCGGAUUAGAAGCAGCAGCCGUCUGCAGCACUCAUGGAAAUGAGUGAAAGGUGUGAGUGAAUACAACACCUUCAACUGAAAUAUCCAGGUUCUCCCUUUGGGACUAAUUAGGCAAACAACUUGACCCACAGAAAACAAAGAAAAGCAGGGUGGGGCGACUGCACCUGGGAGCAGCACAGAGCCGAAUGAACCCCCACCUCCAGCCAAGAGAAGCGAUGCUGGCCAACAAGAGCUGAAAUCGAGAACAGCCUAGAACCUAAGACUAUUCUAAUAUAAAAAUUUUGCACCAGGAUGGAAGGGGACUCUUACCACAAUGCAACCACCGUCAAUGGCACCCCAGUAAAUCACCAGCCUUUGGAACGCCACAGGUUGUGGGAAGUCAUCAGCAUUGCAGCGGUGACUGCUGUGGUAAGCCUGAUCACUAUUGUGGGCAACGUCUUGGUCAUGAUCUCCUUCAAAGUCAACAGCCAGCUCAAGACAGUUAACAACUAUUACCUGCUCAGCUUAGCCUGUGCAGAUCUCAUCAUUGGGAUCUUCUCCAUGAACCUCUACACCACCUACAUCCUCAUGGGACGCUGGGCUCUCGGGAGUCUGGCUUGUGACCUUUGGCUUGCACUGGACUACGUGGCCAGCAACGCUUCUGUCAUGAACCUUCUGGUGAUCAGUUUUGACCGUUACUUUUCCAUCACAAGACCCUUGACGUAUCGGGCCAAGCGUACUCCGAAAAGGGCUGGCGUCAUGAUUGGCUUGGCCUGGCUGAUCUCCUUCAUCCUCUGGGCCCCAGCAAUCCUCUGCUGGCAGUACUUGGUUGGGAAGCGGACAGUUCCACUGGAUGAGUGCCAGAUCCAGUUUCUCUCAGAGCCCACCAUCACUUUUGGCACUGCCAUUGCUGCUUUCUACAUCCCUGUUUCUGUCAUGACCAUCCUCUACUGUCGAAUCUACCGGGAAACAGAGAAGCGAACCAAGGACCUGGCUGACCUCCAGGGUUCUGACUCUGUGACCGAAGCUGAGAAGAGAAAGCCAGCUCAUAGGGCUCUGUUCAGAUCUUGCUUGCGCUGUCCUCGACCCACCCUGGCCCAGAGGGAAAGGAACCAGACCUCCUGGUCAUCCUCCCGCAGGAGCGCCUCCACCAGCGGGAAGCCAUCCCAAGCCACUGACCCAAGCACCAACCAGGCCAAAGCUGAGCAGCUCACCACCUGUAGCAGUUACCCUUCCUCAGAGGAUGAGGACAAGCCCACCACUGACCCUGUCCUCCAAGUGGUCUACAAGAGUCGGGGUAAGGAAAGCCCAGGGGAAGAAUUCAGUGCUGAAGACGCUGAGGAAACUUUUGUGAAAGCUCAAACUGAAAAACAUGACUCUGACACCCCAAACUACUUUCUGUCUCCAGCAGCUGCUCAUAGACCCAAGAGUCAGAAAUGUGUGGCCUAUAAGUUCCGAUUGGUGGUAAAAGCUGACGGGACCCAGGAGAACAACAACGGCUGUCACAAGGUGAAAAUCAUGCCCUGCUCCUUCCCAGUGGCCAAGGAGCCUUCAACGAAAGGCCUCAGUCCCAACCCCAGCCAUCAAAUGACCAAACGAAAGAGAAUGGUCCUCGUCAAAGAGAGGAAGGCAGCCCAGACACUGAGUGCCAUUCUCCUGGCCUUCAUCAUCACAUGGACCCCGUAUAACAUCAUGGUCCUGGUUUCUACCUUCUGUGACAAGUGUGUCCCAGUCACCCUGUGGCACUUGGGCUACUGGUUGUGCUAUGUCAAUAGCACUGUCAACCCCAUCUGCUAUGCCCUCUGCAACAGAACCUUCAGGAAGACCUUUAAGAUGCUGCUUCUCUGCCGAUGGAAAAAGAAAAAAGUGGAAGAGAAGUUGUACUGGCAGGGGAACAGCAAGCUACCCUGAAAAGUUAACGACUGCUCUCAAAAGAACAGUGACCACAGUCAACAUCCUCUGAGGAAGAGCAAGCUGGUUCUGGUUUGUAUAUUUUCAAAAAGAAGACAUCUCAUUUUGAGUCCUUGAAGAUAUUUGUAAAGGCUCAAGGUCUGUUGCCAAAUGGAAGGGGUCACAGCUGCAGCAAUUGCUGUCGUAUUAAAUGACUCUUGCCUAUGACCAAGGCCAUUUGAUGCCACUGGAGUUUGCCAAUGAAGUAAAGAGAUAGGCUCAUGGCCCUUCACAGGAGGAAGCACACUGGGUACCAGUGAACAGUGACUCAGGGAACUUUUGUCCCUUCUGUAGGAAAUAGCAGAGACCAGGUGGAAACCUUUUCCUGUGGAAACCUGUCAUAGAAUUUUGUGCAAUAUGUAUGUGUCUAUGAAGCUGUCUUGUGCCAGUGAGAACCGGGAGAAUGUACAUCAGUGUCACCUGUUAACAAGACUGGCUUCUAAGAAUAUGUAUCGUCAUAAACUGAUCACUAUCUAUAAUGCAGCUAUUAUGUGGUCUAUACUGUGGUUUGUUUUCCUGUCCCUACAUCUGAGUGAAGGUCUUGCUCUUCCCUUUCAUAACCAAUGCCAAUUCCUCAUACUCACUGAACCCAUGCUGAUCUCCAGGGAACCAUCCUUCCUCUCAGAAUCCAGCGUCUGGAAGGACUGAAACCUGGUCAUACCCAGUCCUUUAAAGCGGCCUCUAUUCUGCUAAUGAAG